CUCCCAACAUCAAAGGUUCCGACCAAAGCUUUCGCUUCUGGUGUUUUAGUAAUACAUAUUUAGUAUGUAGUUUCUUGUUAAUUAACCAUUAAGUGUGCCUCGAUUACUUUGCUUCCCGCAAAUAGGCCACAUUAACAUGGCAAAAUUUAAUUUUCGUUAGUUAAUGUUUAUAAUUAUAUAUCAUAAAAGUGCAAUAAUGGUCAAGAUUUCCAAAGUAGUUGUAUGUGGGAUGAAGGGAAUAGGUAAAAGUUCAAUAUUAGAACAAGUUAUAUAUGGACACGCUAAUACUAAAUUGGAUUUGCAUCCUACAAUAGAAGAUAUUUAUGUCGCAAACAUAGAAUCUGAUAAAGGUACUAGAGAAAAAUUAAGGUUUUAUGAUACAGCUGGAAUAGAAUUUUCACAAAUAUCUACAUCAAAUGGAAUGACAAAUCAACAAUUACCCAGGCAUUACUUACAGAUGGCAGAUGGAUAUAUCUUAGUUUAUGAUACUUCAAAAAGUACUUCACUAGAUAUACUUGUAGCUUUAAAAAAGGACAUUGAUAAGAAUAAAGAUAAAAAAGAGGUGUCUAUAGUUGUUAUUGGUAAUCAUUUUAAAGAAGAAGCAAAUGAAGAAAUGAAUCUUAUAGUCAGCAAAGCAAAUCAGUGGUGCAUCAGGGAAAAAAUAAAACAUUUCACAGCAUCAGCUCUGAAAAGGACAAGCCUGUAUGAGCCUUUUGUGUACAUAACUAGCAAAUUGAUGCCACCUCCGAGCAAAAGUAGUUUCACCCCACUAUCUAUGGGUCGAAAGGUUAUAAAAGAUUCUUAGAUUAAUAUUAAAUAGGUAAACAGUAUAUGUAUAUUUGAAUAAACUAAAAUAAAGUAAUUGUAUCAUAUUCUUAUAAAAAUGGACUACUAUUGUAAAAGUUGAAAAAAUAUAUUUUUGUGUUUGUUUUAAUGCCUAUGUAACAU